GCAAGCAUGCAAGUAUAUAUUUUGAUAGGUAAUGCUGAAUUAUCAGCAGCAGCAAGAUACAUUUACUCCAGUAGAACCAUCACUACAAAAGUUUGACAAAACCGACCGCCUAAAACCGACCAACAUCAAAUAUCAGGCAACUCAUCUAUUGAGUGUGCACUCAUACAACUAGGUAUCUGCUGCUAUAAUGAAUAUAGACGCUUUGCUUGCGGAUGCCAUUGCUGGAGAUGCUAAUGCAAUUGCGAAAUUGGCAAUGGCAGCUGAUGAGCCGAGCAAAGAUGAUAGAACUAUCCUCCAUAGUGCUUGCAUGGAUGGACAUGUAGAACGUGUGCAAUUCAUUUUGAACAAGUUGGCCAGCAAGAACCUUCUAGUCAAGGUGGACAAGCAUGAACAAACUGCACUUCACCUUGCAGCGGGUCGUGGUUACACUAAAGUGGUCGAGAUCCUCAUCGAUGCAGCCAGACGUAGUUUGCCUUGUACGGCUACUGAUGAUCCUCAUAGUCGAGUUGGCGGGUUUGAGGAAUUUUUGAGGAAAACAAAUUACAUGGGGAACACGGCCUUGCACCAAGCGGUGACCAAGGGCGUUGUGGCUACUGUUAAGCGGUUAGUAGAGGCGGAUCCAGAUGAUAGACAUGUUCAAAAUCAUGGAGGUUUUACUCCAGUGUACCUUGCGGCUAAAUUAGGCUACAAUGAUAUAGUCAAGGUGAUCUGUGAAACUUGCACAGCUCCGUCGUUAGAUGGCCCUGAAGGUUCAACCGCUCUGCAUGCUGCUAUUAGUCAACUCCAUAAAGCAAACGUAAAUGACAAAGAUAUAGUUAUAGUACUUAUGGAGUCGGCCAAACGUUCAUCAGCUCUGAAGAAGGUGCCGAUUGAAGCCUUAUUCAAUAAAACUGACCACGAAAAUCGAACUCUCUUAAGUCUAGCAGUGCUCAAAAAUCAUCUGGACGUGGUCAAGUUGAUAUUAGAAGAAGAUCCUGCAUUUCGUGUUACUGGAAGUAAAAAUAGUGAUCUCAAGUCUCUAAUCUCCCUAGCGUCCAGAGAAGGGUACAACAACGUUGUCAAAACACUCUGUGAAAAAUACGAAUCUGGAAAGAAGACUGUUCAUACAGGUCAUUUCCUUCUACUUGAAGCUAUUAAAGGGCGCGAUAAAGAACUGGUUUAUGCUCUGUUGAAGUAUGAUGAACAUCUUGCAACUCAUGAAACUUAUGCAAAGUGGACAGCACUUCACUAUGCCGCAUUCUACAAUUUUGAUCGAAUAAUUGAUGCUAUAGUAAAAGCCCAAGAAAAUGUUUACUGGAAACCUAUGUAUGGAGCCAAGGUAGAAACACCCCUUAUUCUAGCAGCCAACAGAGGAUAUACUUCUACGGUGAUACUACUGAUGGAAUUAUUGCCAGCUUUAUCAUGUGUCGCAGUUAAUCAUAAGCUUCAGAACAUACUACACAUCGCGGUGGUUCAAAGCAACAAAGUUAUGAUACAGAGCAUUUUAGCAUAUUGUCCAAAAAGUUGUACAAACCAGAUUCUGAAUGCUAAGGAUGAGAAUGGUAAUACACCUCUCCAUCUACUUAUAUCUCAAGGUUGCUUCGUCAAAGAGCUCAUCAAACACAAGGGUGUUGAUUUCCUCGCCAAAAACCACGAAAAGUGGAUUCCUUUAGAUAUGUUAUAUUUCCAAAACGAAGUCAUAGCUGAUCAGGCGGAAAUCAAAAAAUUACUUGAUGACACCCAAGCUACUGAGCACCAGAAGUUUUGGCACAUAAUUACUAAGCGGAGGUCGAAUAAUCCCACAAGUUUAGUGCCUUCAAGUACACGGUGGCUAAAAGAUGUGGAAUUCAGGACGCGUAUAAAAGAACUAAGAAAAAAAGAGAUUAAGGAAAUGAAAGACGAGCUUGAACGAUACCGAGGAAGAACCACCACACAAAUAGUAGUUACCGCACUUAUCACAACAGUAACUUUUACCGUAGGAUUUGCCAUGCCAGGCGGAUACCACCAAAGUGGAGAACCCGAAGAAGGUCUCGUCCUUCUUUCGAAGAAAAAAGCGUUCAAUAUAUUUAUGGUAUCGGAUGCACUAGCUCUAGCACUAUCCGUAACUUCUCUGUUCAUCUAUUUCAUGUCAUCAAUGUAUGAUAAUCCGAAACAGGUGUGGAAGUUCGACGCUGCCUCAACAAUGCUCAACAUCGUUUCUGUUAUGGCAAUGAUUUUGACCUUCAUAGCCGGAAUAUAUGUUGUGCUAUCGCACUCACCAGGCCUCGCCUUGGCAGUUUGCAUCAUCUGCUCUAUUUUCUUUAUUUCAAUUACUGUUUUAGUAAUUAAGAUGAUGUGUGAUUGUAUGAUAAGUAAGAAAAUGAAAGUCUCAGAAUGUUAGUCAC